AGCCUGUCAUCAGUCCGGUGCCAUCUGUGCCAGCCCCGGUACUCACCCUGAAAGGCGGGUCAUCAGUCCGGUGCCAUCUGUGCCAGCCCCGGUACUCACCCUGAAAGAGCCUGUCAUCAGUCCGGUGCCAUCUGUGCCAGCCCCCAGUACUCACCCUGAAGAGCCUGUCAUCAGUCCAGUGCCAUCUGUGCCAGCCCCCAGUACUCACCCGGAAAGAGGCUGUCAUCAGUCCGGGUGCCAUCUGUGCCAGCCCCCAGUACUCACCUUGAAGAGCGGGUCAUCAGUCCGUGCCAUCUGUGCCAGCCCCCAGUACUCACCCUGUAGAGCCUGUCAUCAGCCCAGUGCCAUCUGUGCCAGCCCCAGUACUCACCCUGAAGAGCCUGUCAUCAGUCUGGUGCCAUCUGUGCCAGCCCCACCCCCAGUACUCACCCUGAAGAGCCUGUCCUCCAGUCCCGGUGCCAUCUGUGCCAGCCCCAGUACUCACCCUGAAGAGCCUCCGGUGCCAUCUUUCACCCGGUGCCAUCGGUGUGUGCCAGCCCCAGUACUCACCCUGAAGAGCCUGUCAUCAGUCCAGUGCCAUCUGUGUAGCCCCCCGGUACUCACCUGGAAGAGGCUGUCAUCAGUCCCGGUGCCAUCUGUGCCAGCCCCCAGUACUCACCUUGAAAGCCUGUCAUCAGUCGGUGCCAUCUUGCCAGCCCCCAGUACUCACCCUGAAGAGCCUGUCAUUAGCCCGGUGCCAUCUGUGCCAGCCCCAGUACUCACCCUGAAGAGCCUGUCAUCAGUCUGGUGCCAUCUGUGCCCGCCCCCAGUACUCACCCGGAAGAGCCUGUCAUCAGUCCCGGUGCCAUCUGCCAGCCCCAGUACUCACCCUGAAGAGCGGGUCAUCAGUCCGCCCCUGCCACCUGCUGUCAUCAGUCCAGUGCCAUCUGCCCCCAGUACUCACCUGGAAGAGCCUGUCAUCAGUCCGGUGCCAUCUGUGCCAGCCCCAGUAAUCACCCUUGAAGAGCCUGUCAUCAGUCCGGUGCCAUCUGUGCAGCCCCCAGUACUCACCCUGAAGAGCCUGUCAUUAGCCGGGGUGCCAUCUGUGCCAGCCCCAGUACUCACCCUGAAGAGCCUGUCAUCCAGUCUGGUGCCAUCUGUGCCAGCCCCCAGUACUCACCCUGAAGAGCCUGUCAUCAGUCCGGUGCCAUCUGUGCCAGCCCCACCCCCAGUACUCACCCUGAAGAGCCUGUCAUCAGUCGGUGCCAUCUGUGCCAGCCCCAGUACUCACCCGGAAGAGCCUGUCAUCAGUCCGGUGCCAUCUGUGCCAGCCCCCGGUACUCACCUGAAGAGCCUGAUCAUCAGUCCGGUGCCAUCUGUGCCAGCCCCAGUACUCACCCUGAAGAGCCUGUCAUCAGUCCAUCUGUGCCAUCUGCACCCUGAAGAGCCUGUCAUCAGCCGGUGCCAUCUGUGCCAGCCCCCACCCCCAGUACUCACCCUGAAGAGCCUGUCAUCAGUCGGUGCCAUCUGUACCCAGCCCCCAGUACUCACCCUGAAGAGCCUGUCAUCAGUCCGGCGGAUCAUCAGUCCGGUGCCAUCUGUGCUGCCAGCCCCAGUACUCACCCUGAAGAGCCCUGUCAUCAGCCCGGUGCCAUCUGUGCCAGCCCCCAGUACUCACCCUGAAGAGCCUGUCAUCAGUCCAGUGCCAUCUGUGCCAGCCCCCACCCCAGUACUCACCCUGAAGAGCCUGUCAUCAGUCAGUGCCAUCUGUGCCAGCCCCAGUACUCACCCUGAAGAGCCUGUCAUCCAGUCUGGUGCCAUCUGUGCCAGCCCCAGUACUCACCCUGAAGAGCCUGUCAUCAGUCCGAGCCUGUCAUCAGCCCGGGCGCCAUCUGUGCCUGGCCCCCAGUACUCUCACCCUGAAGGCCUCAGCCCGGUGCCAUCAGUGCUAGCCCCCAGUACUCACCCAGCCUGUCAUCCAGUCCGGUGCCAUCUGUGCCAGCCCCAGUACUCACCCGGAGAGAGCCUGUCAUCAGUCCGGUGCCAUCUGUGCCAGCCCCCCAGUACUCACCCUGAAGAGCGGAUCAUCUGUGCCAUCCCAGCCCCAGUACUCACCCUGAAGAGCCUGUCAUCAGCCGAUUGCCAUCCUGGCCCUUGGCCCCAGUACUCACCCUGA